GCCACCGGGAGAAGAGUACAGUGCGGGAUCCCGCGCGCCGGGGGUCCCUGCGCCGGGAUCGGCUUCCAGGUGGGCGUGGCCCGAGCAGCGGGCGGCGAUGGUCCCCGAGGAGAGGCCAGAUGGCCAGGUCGCUGGCGAGGAGAGCACUCAGCUGCAGGCGGCUGGCAGCUCCCGCAAGGGCUGUGAUCACCUGGCGCAGAUGCAGCGGGACCCCCUGCAGAGCCGCAGGGCCCGGAUCCACCAGCAGAUCAACAAAGAGCUACGGAUGCGGACAGGGGCCGAGAACCUGUACAGGGCCACCAGCAACGCCCGGGUCAGAGAGACCGUGGCCCUGGAGCUGAGCUACGUCAACUCCAGCCUGCAGCUGCUGAAGGAGGAGCUGGAGGGGCUCGAUGGCAACGCCGAUGCCGAGCUGCCUGAGAGUGACGGGAUCACUGUCCCCAUGAUCCCCCUGGGGCUGAAGGAGACCAAACAGCUGGACUGGGCCACACCCCUGAAGGAGCUGAUCUCAGAGCACUUCGGAGAGGACAGCGCCUCCUAUGAGGCCGAAGUCAGGGAGCUGGAGGACCUGCGGCAGGCGACGCGGACCCCCAGCCGGAGCGAGGCGGGUCUGGAGCUGCUCACGGCCUACUACCACCAGCUCUGCUUCCUGGAGGCUCGCUUUGCCACCCCUGCCAGGAACCUCGGGCCGCUCUUCCACUGGUACGACUCACUGACCGGGGUUCCAGCCCAGCAGCGGGCCCUGGCCUUCGAGAAGGGCAGUGUGCUUUUCAACAUCGGCGCCCUCCACACCCAGAUGGGGGCCCGCCAGGACCGCUCCAGCCCGCAGGGCACCAGCCGCGCCGUGGAGGCCUUUCGGAGGGCUGCUGGGGUCUUCAGCCUCCUGAGGGAGAACUUCUCCCACGCGCCCAGCCCGGACAUGAGCCCUGGGUCGCUCUUGGUGCUGGAGCAGCUCAUGACGGCUCAGGCCCAGGAGUGCGUCUUCGAGGGCCUCUCGCUGCAGCCCCCCGCGGCCCCCCACACCUGCCUGGCUCAGCUGCACCUGGCUCAGGAGGCCGCCCAGGUGGCGGCCGAGUACCGGUUGGUGCACCAGGCCAUGGCCCAGCCCCCCGUCCGGGACUACGUGCCCUUCCCCUGGACCACCCUGGUGCUCGUGAAGGCCGAGUACUUCCGGGCCCUGGCCCACUACCAGGCGGCCCUGGCCCUGUGCGACGGCCCCCCGGCGGCCGAGGUGGAGCUCCCAGCCCUGGAGCAGGUCUUCCUCGGGCCCCCAGCCCCGUCAGAGCCCAGGGCCCCCGCCCUGCCCCAGGAGUGGGAGGAGCGCAGGAAGCUGGGCAAGGCCCACCUGAAGCGGGCCAUCCUGGGCCAGGAGGAGGCGCUGCGGCUGCACGCCGUGUGCCGGGCGCUGCGCAGGGUGGACCUGCUGCAGGUCGUGCUGGCCCAGGCGCUGCAGCGCUCGCUGGCCAAGUACUCGGAGCUCGACCUCGAGGACGACUUCUUCGAGGCCACCGAGGCCCCUGACAUCCGGCCCAAGACGCAGCAGAUGCCGGAGGGCAGAGCUCCCAGCGUCUCCCAGGUGAAGGUGACUGACAUCUUCCACCGGCUGGGGCCCCUGUCCGUGUUCUCAGUCAAGAACCGCUGGCGGCUAGCGGGGCCCAUCCAUGUGGCCCGAGGAGAGGAGGGCUUCGGCUUCACGCUGCGGGGAGACGCGCCUGUUCUCAUCGCGGCGGUUGUUCCGGGGGGCCAGGCUGCGGCAGCCGGCCUGAAGGAGGGCGGCUACAUCGUGUCUGUGAACGGGCAGCCGUGCCGGUGGUGGAAGCACGCGGAGGUGGUGGCCCAGCUGAAGAGUGUGGGCGACGAGGGUGUGACCCUGCAGGUGGCGACGCUGCUGCCCAGUGCUGAGCCUGGCCCGGGGGACCACCGGCCGGCCCUCGGGGGGCUUCUGAGGAGCCAGAAGGAGUGUGGCUGGGAGACACCAGUGCCCACACGAGCCAGCCCCAGGCCCCUCCUUGGCUGGGGCCGCAAGGCCGGGAGAUGCAAGCCUGGAAGACGGUUGUCUGCAGCCCCCUAGCCCCGAGCUGCCCCUGCCCUCACCCUCCGGGGCGCCCAGGGUGGAGUGAGGGGCUGGGCUCUGCCUGCCUGGGACCGAGGACCCGGCUCGUGCCUUCCCCCACCUCAGAAGACCUUCGGGCCAGUUCGCUGCCCACCCAGUGCCCAGGGUGCCCACUCAAGACAGUGUCAGAUGAGGUGUAUCUGAGCCCAGUGCUGGGGCUGGUGCCUCGUGGGAAACAUCACAGCCGCCCAGGGGCCAGGAGGCCGCCUCUGGGCUGCCCUGUCCACGUGUGCCCCGAGUGCCCUCUGGAGGAGGGCAGCUUCCGGGGGCGGGUGUCCAGCUACUCCUCUUGGACCCCGAAGGAGCUGACCCCGGAGCCGGGCAGGCAGGGGCCACGAGUUGGCAGCUGAUGCCUGCAGCCCACCCGCACCCACGCUGGGCUCCUGAGGCCUCAGCUGAGCUCUCCCGCCCCCCACCCCCCACCUGCCGUUCCCCGUCCACGCCCGCCCACAGAGUUGGGUCUGCCCGGAGCCCAGUGCCCGUUUGGCCCACGGGGACUCCUGGGCACCCCUCAGGCUGGGGCAGCCUCAGCUCCCUUCCUGCCUCCCCACAGCAGUCUGGGGUGCCCACAGCACCACCUCUUCUCUGGGUGGGGUCCCAGCCAAGGCCGCGUGCCACCAAGGCACUGUGUUCACUCGCUCUGUGCGGGACGGGGAGCCAUCCUUGCUCAUGUUCUUCCUGCCUCGUGGCCCCGACACCCCUCCUUUACUUGGUGGAGGGUGUAGAUGGGACCCAGGCCUGCACCCGCCCGUCUGCCCGGCUGGGCCCAGCCCCCACUCCUCAUCGGGCCUGGCUCUGCCCUGCCUCACCCUGCAUCCCAGCCUGGGCACAUGAGGCUGCUGCUCCAGCCCACAGGCUGGUGUCUGUGAGGCCGGCUCAUGCUCCUGCACCCAAGUCCAGCAGAGGAGGGGCCCCGGCCCACCCCGGCCCCCUCAGCUGCCCCUCUGGCACCAAACUGGACUCUUCGGAUUGAGCCCUCGGUGUCCCCCAGGCCUGCACACUGGCGGUGGCAGAGGGGCACUUUGCCCCAGAUCCCACAGAUGUGAGGCUCAGAGUUGGCCCCAAAGGGAGGGGUGA